AUGUCGGAUCAACAGCCUAUGUCAGUAUCUGAACCAUUAAAUAGUGAAAUUAUUAAUAUUGACGAUUCAACAAAUAUUAAUCGUUCAAAAAGUCCAUCAUCUUUUAAUAGAAUAAUAAGAAUAUUUUUUUAUUUAUUCUCGGAUUGUCUUUUUGCUCGUAUACUUGCAUUUACAUUUAUAUGUCAAGCAGCUGUCAUGUGGUUAGGUACAGCAUUAAAUUUCAUUCUACAAUUAUUAUUUAUACCAUUUUCAUUUUCGGCAUCAUCAAAACCCGAUGAAUUAUCAUCAUCAAAUAUAUUUUCAUUCCUAGGAAGUUAUUCAAUGAUUCCUGGUAUUGUUGCAUUUUCAGCACAUUAUUUUUGGUUUGUUUUACAAAUUGGUUGUCAUUGUUUUACAACUACAUUACGAAAUAAAAAAUCUGAUCAUCGAACAAAUGCUCUAUUAUUUUUUAUUGAUAAUGAAAUCUUAUUUUUUCAUAUUAAUGUUAAACAAUUAUAUAGAUUAUUUGUUAGCUUAUCAUCUAUAGGUUAUAUUAUCUAUUAUGCAAGUAGAGAUUUACUUAAUUGUUUAAUCGUUCCAUCUGGACAAGUACCGUUAGCACUUAUGUGGGGUUUACAUGUACUUCAUUUACUUGGUUUAGCAAUAUAUGUUGGUUUAACUGUUUAUUCAAAUUGGACAAAAACAAGUAAGGCAAUGAAACCAUUAAAAUUUCAUCCGACAUCAAAUUUAUCUGGUUUAAUUAUUAUUUUGAUGUUGAUAAUUAUACCAAUUGCAUUUCAAUGUAUUGGUAUUUUUGUAAAUGUCCUUAUUGGUAUAUUAGCUUUUAUUAUAUGGACAUUUGUAUUUCAUCAAACAUGGGUACCAGCUGCAGUUCAAGAUCAGGAUAAUGAACCACCACCAGCUCAUGAAGAUACAAAUGAUAGAACUAGGCCUGAAACAGUAUCAUCUACAAUACGUCUGAAUGAUACGAAACAUUUCUAUUGUGUAAAUAUUUGUUCGGUCUUUUUUAAAGGACCACUCGAUCGAUAUUUUGAUUCGGAAAUCAUAACACGUCUUACUCGUGUAUUUACUUAUAAAGUAUUUAUACUUGUUCUUCAAUGCAUCAUGCUUACAUCACUUGUAUUUGUUUUACAACGAUCAUUCAAUGAUCUUUCAUUUAAAGAACGUGUAUUUCAAAUAUGUCUUCUUAUAAUCUUAGCAUCUGUAGAAUUAAUCCUAUUAUUACCACCAUUCAUAGCACGUUUUAAUAUACUUCGUAUACAAAUGAAUCUUAUACAAAUGUUACUUAUAUGUAUUUUUAUUCUAUUAAUUAUUGGAAUAAUAGUUUUAAUUAAAAGUAAAGUUGGAAAUCAAUUAAUAAUGGCUAUAUGUAUUUUACCUCCAUUUAUUUAUGCGAUUCUUCUAUUUAUUUUUUAUGUUUAUCAUAUAAUACGUGAUGUUUGGCAUCUUAUUAUUAAAAAACAUCGAAAUCAACGAAAUUUACUUGUACCGGGUCUUAUUGAAUGGAUUGAAUGUCAUCAUUCAAUAUCAUUAUAUGUUAAUGCAUAUUAUAUGAUUUUUCUUAUACUUGCAUUAAUAGCUUUUGCUGGUCUUACAUUAGCAUCAUCAAUGUUUUAUUUAAAUAAUAAAGAAGUUGAGAAAAGUUCGAACUUUCAAGAUACAACAUCCUUAUAUGGGAAUGAUACUUUAAAAAUAGAUAGAAAUUCUGAUCGAAUGGAAGCAUGUAAUUGGCAUUUUGAAGAUUUUACAAUUGAAGAUAUGAUUUUAUUUGCUGCAUUAGCAUAUCAACCAACUGAUCUAUUACAAAAUGAAAUUAAUCAUUUCUAUCCAAUUGAAUCAAAUCAAACAAAAACAAUGUUUAUUGAUAUUCAAAAUAGUCAAUUUCAAGCACAUGGUUAUGGAAAUGUUACUUAUUUUACAUUAGUAACAAAAAAUGCUGUUGUUGUCAGUAUAAGAGGCACAAAAUUAUUGUACGAAUGGUUAAUAGAUUUUGAUACAUGGAAUGAAGCAUUUCUAUAUCAAAUAUUAUCAAUAUUAUUUCCAUGGUCAAAACUGUUUCCAGAAUAUAUGACAGCGCGUAUUAUAAAACAUUUAUCUAUUUUGGAACGUUUAGUUAAUGUUAAUUUAAAACAAUUCAAUAAAAAACGUUUUUAUCUACAACAAAUUGUUCCUAAAUUAAAACGAAUACGUCAAUUAUAUCGACAUAAACGAUCAUUUAUUCUCGUUGGACAUUCACUUGGUGGUGGUUUAGCAAAAUUAGCUGGAGCUGCUUUAUUAAAUGAGACGUCAGUUGUUGUUUCUGUUAGUGGUCCAGGUAUAACAUAUAGUCACGCAAAAAUGGAUGAAACAAAAAAUAUUCCUAUGGCUGAUAUACAUAAAAAAAUCUUUAAUAUCUAUCAUGAUCGUGAUGUUGUAUCAUGGAGUGAUAAACAAGAAGGUUUACAACAAGCAAUAACAUGUCCAUCAAAAUAUAAUUUUCUACAAUGUCAUUAUAUUAAUCCAUUUAUGUGUGCAGUUAUACAACAAUGUGGAAAUACAAAACAAUUUAAAUUUAAUAAAUCUAUAUGCGAACCAUAA